AUGGGAUUUCUCAAUAGUCUAUUGCUUCUUAUCUCAUUCGCACUUGAGCAUGCAAUUGCAAGCCCAGCGCGCUCAAAUGUGAAUAUCACGCGUUCCUUCUCCCUCUCCCCUCCCCGUUCUCCUCGUGCGGAAAAACAGAUGCACGAUGCCGACUACCAUUCAUUCUCAAUUGAGUUCUGCUACAUGGCUGACUAUGGUGGCAAUGAUACGCACCCCAACACUUUCUCUCGACAGGUCGUUCAGAACUUGAAAGAUAUCGCGGGAAAAUCUCCACUAUUCCGAGUUGGUGGUAGUACGCAGAAUUCUGCUGUAUACUAUCCAGACCAGUCUGAGGCUAUCAUUAGUCCCUUUAGCUCGGACGCAGCAACCCAACCAUCACAUUCGUACCUGGGUCCUUCCUUCAUGCAGUCAUUCAACCAAUUUCCGGAAGGUUCUCAGUACAUAUACGGCCUCAACUUUUACAACCCUACCAACGAGACUCUCUUCAACGUCGGAGAUGGACUUGCUCAGUGUGUACUAGAGGCAAAUGCUGCUUACAGUGCCAUUGGAGAUGCUCUGUAUGGCUUUGAAAUAGGAAACGAAGUAGAUGGAUGGCCCGGUGGUCAACGUCGACCUGCGAACUGGACACUCCAGGAUUACGUUGACCAGUGGAACUACUACGCCAAAGUAAUCAGCCAGAACUUGACUGGGUCAGAUUCCCUCCAGAUUUUCCAAGGCUGUGCCUUCGAAGCCCCGCGUGAUGUGUUUGACUCUACUGCCUGGAACGUUGCAAAUGCUGAAGCGGACGGCAUGCGCUCUAACAUGGCAAAGGCUCUUACCAAGAUACAGUACAUGGGAGCCAAUUGUCAUUACACAGGCGUAGGGCCAACUAUCGAGACAUCCAUCUUCGACCGCACAAACGUCCUCUCCCGGGUCUGGUACCAUGAUUACCUCGGCAACGAAACAGCAAAGUCCGGAAUCCCCUACGUUUUGGGAGAAACCAACUCAAUCUCUUGCCAAGGUGCAGCAAACAUCUCCGACGUCAUGGCAGCUGCAGUCUGGGCCGUUGACUACGUGCUAUACCUGUCAUCUCUACGCUUCGUGGCUACCCGUGUCAUUCAACGAUACAGCCCCCAGGUAUUCCCGAUCUACUAUGCGGCAUUGUUCAACGCCCACGUUUUCGCCGGGGGUAAUAAACAAACUGAGGUGCUCGUCAACGGGACUGAUUUUGGAGCCUACGCGGUGUACGGCUCUGGUAAGUUGGAGUCUAUCGUUGCAGUAAAUCUCGCCAUGUGGAACUCCACAUUUGAUCAGCAGGAGAGACCGUAUACAGUACUUGAGCUGCCAAACGGCUGGGAAUCGGCAAAGGUAUCGAGACUUACAAGCCCUGGGGUCGAAAUUGCCACCAACAUUACACUUGGGGGCCAGUCGGUCAAUGAAAAGGGAGUCAUCGUGGGCGAUAAGCUUCAUGAGAAGGCCCAGGGCAGGAGGGUUUUGGUUGGUGCUGGUGAAGCUGUGUUGGUCCAGAAAUAA